UAUAUGAUCUAAGGUUUACGGCUUGCGCUCGCCUGUGAAUAGUGAUUUGUUUGCGGCGUUUCGUGCUUGCUAAAAAUCGGUUAAAUGGGCGUAAAUGAUUGAGUCGUUACGAUAUUUUUCAACAAAUUAACAAAAUGGAAGUUAGCAGUGAACAACCCACUCCAGCCAUGGAGCCGACCGCUAUUACUGAGCAGGAAACUACCGAAGAAUCCAUGGAGGAGGCCACCGAAGAUUACAGCUUCGAUGGUGACGAGUACAGGCCUUUCAUACCGCGAGGGCGAGGAGGUUUCAGAGGUCGAGGGCGGGGAGGCUUUGAUUUUCCCAUGAGAGGUGGUCCCCCUAGAUUCAGGGGCCGUGGCUUUGGCCCACGUGGACCCAUGUUCAGAGGUGGUAACAAUGGAUUUCCAUUCGAGGGACCACCACGUCCCAAUUGCCCACCAGGUCCUGGUGGACCUAGAUUUCGUGGACCACCGCCAUUUGAUCCUAGUUGGGGUCCUAUGGGACCCCCUAACUUAAUGGGACCACCUAACAUGAUGGGACCACCGGGAAUGCCACCUCCACACAUGAUGAAUGGGCCGCUCGGUACUAGUCCUUAUGGUCCGCCACCUGGAAUGGGACCACCGAACAUAAAUGGUACACAAGUUGCUGGUCAACAAACGCAACAGCAGAUCCAUCAAUCACAGACAAACAUUCCAGGACUAGAUCUCAAUGGGGAAGUAUGGGUAGAAACUAAAACUGGGGAUGGAAAAUCAUAUUAUUAUAAUAUACGGACAAGGGAAACCACCUGGACUAAACCUGAGGGACCAAACGUCAAAGUUAUGGCUCAAGAUCAGUUGGAGCAGCUUGUACAUGGGGCAGCUAAACAGAGUGGCACAUCGACUACAACAACGGGUACCACGCAGUCGCAGAUUACUGACUCGCGUGUGUCCCAAUCUAGUGAACAGCCACCUGGUAGUACAGAAACUCCAACUCAAUUGAGUUCUUCUCCGUCGACAUCUACUACCACUGCACCAGCAAGUGAAUCUACCGAUACAACUGCGCAACCUGAAAUAAGCCAGACCAAUGGUAGUGAAAAUGUUCUUGAGGAUGUGCACAUGGAAUCGUCAACGAAUUCAAAUAACACAUCAAACUUUGCAGUAGCUCCAUCAACCGUUAGUGGCCUUACGGCCAAUGGUACAGCAAAUAUGAUGCAACCCCCACCAAAUAUGUUGCCAAUGCAGCAUAGAAUGCCCACCAAUCAAUUUGGUGGGCCAAUUUCUGCCCCAUUUGGGGCAGCACCUUUUGGUAUGCCUCCACCAGGCUUUCAAGCCUUUGGAAGCUACGGACCACCUCAAGCUAAUUGGGGAAUGCCACAAAUGCCACAUGGAGUCAUGACUCCACAAGCUGGAGUUGAAGACCCAGCUAUUCUGGCACAAAUUGAUCAAGAAUUAGUAACAUCUGCGUUAGUCUGGACAGAACAUAGAGCACCUGAUGGUCGAAUGUAUUAUUAUAAUACAAAGGCAGGUGAAUCAGUUUGGGAAAAGCCCCAGGUACUCAAGGAUUUUGAAAGUGCUAAACUAGCUGUACGACAAAAAGCAGAUGAUAUCGCACCUGCGGGGACUCAGGAUAUUCCAAUUAAGCUUGAGAAACAGGAAGAAACUAGCCAUGAGACUAAAGAGAAUCUGAAAGAAAGUGAAAUCAACAAGCAGAAAAAAGAUGAAACAACUCCUAAAGAAUUGGCUAAACCACAAGAUAAAUCUAGACCCAUUUCUAGUACUCCUGUGCCUGGAACACCAUGGUGUGUCGUUUGGACAGGAGACGGUCGUGUAUUCUUCUACAAUCCUUCAUCCCGAAUUUCGGUUUGGGAGAGACCUGAUGAUUUAGUUGGCAGACAGGAUGUAGAAAAAUUGAUCGCAACUCCACCGGAUGCAGUCGCAACAACCAAAAAUCCUCAUCAAUCUGAGUCCAGUGAGAGCAGUGACGAGGAUCAGCCUACGCCAGCUAAAAAACCAAAACAAGAGGAAGUUAAGGUCAUUCCAAAGGAGGAGGAGGAAAAGGAAGGCAAGAAAACGAUCGACAUCGGUAAGGAGGCAGCGAUCGAAGCGGAAGUAAGGGCCGCCAGAGAGAGAGCCAUUGUUCCUUUAGAUACUAGGAUUAAAUCUUUCAAAGAUAUGCUAGCAGAGAAAGAUGUAUCUGCAUUUAGUACUUGGGAAAAAGAAUUACACAAAAUUGUGUUCGACCCGCGUUAUUUACUGUUGACAUCGAAGGAAAGGAAGCAGGUAUUUGAGAAGUACGUGAAAGAAAGAGCAGAGGAGGAGAGACGCGAGAAAAGAAAUAAAAUGAAAGAAAGGAAAGAACAGUUCCAAAAACUCCUUGAAGAAGCAAAUCUCCAUGGAAAGUCAUCGUUCAGUGAUUUUGCUCAAAAGCACGGACGGGAUGAGCGUUUCAAAAAUGUAGAGAAAAUGAGGGAGCGGGAAAGCCUAUUCAACGAAUAUCUCUUGGAAGUGAGGAAGCGGGAAAAGGAGGAGAAGACAGCCAAACGAGAACAGGUGAAAAAGGACUUUUUAGCCAUGUUGCAAGAGCACAAGGACAUUGACAGGCAUUCGCAUUGGAGUGAGUGUAAGAAGAAAUUAGAAUCCGAUUGGCGUUAUAGACUGGUGGAGUCUGCGACUACCCGAGAGGAUUGGUUCAGAGAUCACAUUCGUUUAUUGAAGGAAGAAAGAAAAAAAGAGAAGGAACGGGAUAAGGAUCACAGACAUCGGGAUAAGGAGCAUCACAAAUCCGAGAAAAAAGAUAAAGAUAAAAAAGAUAGCGACAAAUAUAAGGAGAAGUCCAAAGAAAAGGCCGACAAAGAUGUUGUGAAAGAGAAAAAACAAAGGAGAAGCGAAGUUAACCACGAGGAGAAUGGUAAGGAAAAACUCAUCGUAGAAAAAGAAGCUGGAGAAGUUGAAGAACCUGAAGAAAAGAAGACUAAAAAAGAUAACGACAAGGACGAAAAUAACGUCGCUUCAGACUCUGAAGAAGAUCGCGAGAAGCAAAAGCGUGAACGAGAACGAAGGGCUGAAGCUAGUUUAAGGGAGCGAGAAAGGGAAGUGCAGCGCACCUUAGCAACUCAUCUUCGAGACAGAGACAAGGAACGUCAACAUCACAGGCAUGCAGAAGCUGUUCAACAUUUUAGUGCACUUCUUGCAGACUUGGUUCGGAAUGGGGAUCUUGCUUGGCGGGAGGCUAAGAGACAGUUGAGGAAAGACCAUCGAUGGGACUUGGCAGAAAGUUUAGAGAGGGAAGAGAAAGAACGUUUAUUUAAUGAACAUAUCGAACAGCUUGGUCGCAAGAAACGUGAUAAAUUUAGAGAGCUACUCGAUGAAGUUGGUGCGUCAACGGAGCUCACCGCAUCGUGGAAAGACAUUAAAAAAUCAUUGAAAGAUGACCCUCGAUAUGUGAAAUUUUCAUCGAGCGACAGAAAGUGUGAAAAGGAAUUCAAGGAAUAUAUAAAGGAUAAACUCGUUGCAGCCAAGGCUGAUUUCAGAGAGCUCCUACAGGAGACAAAACUGAUAACUGACAAGACAUUCAAAAAAGUACAAGAAAACAGCACUUGCUUAGCAGAAAUUGAAGAAAUUUUAAGAAAAGACCGAAGGUUUCUUGUACUGGAAGCAGCUGCUGUUGAGAGAUCGCGAUUGUUGAUGGGUUAUUUGGAGGAAUUGGCUCGCAGAGGGCCACCGCCACCACCCACAGCCUCAGAACCUUCACGUAGACCAACUACAAAUUAAUAUCAAUCGUCCCCAGCAAAGCAUGAAUCAUGAUAAUGAGUCUACAUACGAGUAUAUAAUACAGCCAUAACAGUAGUUGGUCCGAAUGCAUCAAUUUAUUUCCCAGACAAGAAUGUAUACAUACAUCUAGGGUACAAUAAAAUUAAUAUUAACACCAAUAUUUGUAGAUACAUGAAUCGAAACUGUUCCCCAAUAUUUUAGUAUAUUAUCUGUACACAUAACACAAGAAUAUAUUAUUUGUAUCAGCCUUAUGAUAAUUGCAAUAUGACAAAAAAAUUAAAAUCUUUUCAGCAGUAA